CAUCCUCACACAGUCACGCAUACAACAAAGUGGUCGAGCGUGUCGAAGCAAAUGGCAGCCAAUAGCCUUCUCCUCGCCGCUCUCCUCCUCGUCGUCGUCAGCCUCGCGCCGCGCAGUGCGGAGGCGGACAAGCAGCUUCCACUGGCCCUCGUCGCCGGCGUGGUGCCAUGCAGCGCUGGGAGCUCCAUCAACGUGGCUACGGUUCCGCCGUUCCCGAGGCAUAUUUCCUUCAGCCGCCCCAAGCUCCACGCCACCGGGAACGAAUCAAGCGCCGUCCCGACACCGCCGUCGCCGGCCCAGCACCUCCAGCCUUGCAUGGACAGCUUCAAUGUGCAGUCUCUCUUGCUGCCUCACCUUCUGCCAGCGCAUGCAGCGGCGGCGUUGGACGCGUGCGUGCUUGCUAGCUUGCUCUCCGUGCGUACGUACUUGCUCUGCGUGCGUCGCACCGGCCAAUGCGCAUGAUGCGUGUGUGCCUGCUUUUCUGUAUGUGUA